CUGAAAACUCGUUUCAGGAAGUAUCGCAUCGAAUUUACAUUUGCCGACUGAAAAUCCUCCUCAUGACAACCUACUCUUGAGAGUCUCAUUCAUCACACUUGCAUUCAGACAGCGUUAUCAUGGCUGGCAGAAGAGUCGUGGUCUUCCCCUCCUCAGCAGAGCUUGGUCCAGCGCUGGCCCAUCUGGUGACAUCACGGGCUGAGAAAGCCAUCAGCUCUCACGGCAGAUUCACCCUGGGACUCUCUGGAGGAAGCCUGGUGUCCAUGCUCAGCAAAGAGCUGCUGGCCAUGUCCAGCUUGGACUGCAGCAAGUGGGUGGUUGGCUUCUGUGAUGAGCGAGUGGUUUCCUUUGAUGAUCCUGAGAGCACCUAUGGGCUGUACAAGAGUCAUUUGUUUUCCAAGGUCAACAUCCCUGACAGUGGGAUCUUAGCCAUCGACCCCUCACUGCCAGUGAACGAGUGUGCUGAGGAUUAUUCCAGCAAACUGAAGAAGACCUUCCCAGAUGAUGACUUCCCCGUGUUUGACUUGUUACUGCUGGGUAUGGGUCCCGAUGGACACACCUGUUCCCUCUUCCCAGACCACCCUCUGCUAGAGGAAACCAAGAAGAUUGUGGCCCCCAUCAGCGAUUCCCCCAAACCACCACCACAGCGUGUAACUAUGACUUUUCCAGUGGUGAACUCUGCACGAUGUGUGGCUUUUGUGUCAACUGGAGGGAGCAAAGCACCAGUUUUGAAGGAGGUGCUGGAGGGUAGAGAGGGUCCGGCGUUCCCAGCAGCCCGCGUUGUCCCGACUAAUGGCGAGCUGUUCUGGCUUGUCGAUGACCCCGCAGCUGCCUCCUUAACUAUCCAGGUGGAGAGGUUGGGUGCAGGGGCCAAACUGUAGAGCUUUCCAGUUACUGGAUAAAGACAGGAGGUCAACUGUGAAAACGUGGAUGGAGAGACUGGAAAAUAACACACACAUUCCUACUUUUAACUGAGAGUGUUAUUAGUUUAUGUCGGUGAGUGAGACAGGCUGUCUAAUAAACAAACAUUUAGGAGGAUUUUCCAGUGCUAGAUGUAGCACUUAUUAGAGGUUGGUGUGUGUGUGUGUGUGUGUGUGUGUUUAGGUACAACUGUAUCCAAAGGAGGUUUAAUAAAAGAUUGUGAUGUAAUUUAGAUGUUCAUAAAACAGAAAAGUAAGGUUUUUUUGUAUCUAGUCCAUUAACUUGGAAAAAGUAAACUAGCAGCUCUGUGGUUGAGCUGCUUUCACACCUUUGACACUGUAAAUCAGCCUUCAUUUGGAAACAGGUUGCUGCUCAUCAACCAUCUGUAACACUUAUUUUCAUCAGCAGUUUAAAAAAUAAAAUGUUAAUUGGC